AUGAAGUUUAUAAAAUCAGCCAUUGAGGGCGCAUUUCUGCGCUCUAGGCCUUUAUUUUCUACAUCGCAAGUCCAGUUUUGCCAACCCACAGAUUCUCCCGUAUUAAUCUCGUUGAUUGGCUCUAAAUCGACAUUUUGCAGUAAAAAUAAUGUCGAAAUUAGCCAAGGUGUACAAGAAAGAGUCGUUUUCCGUGGUAUAAGGAGUUUUUCUACAAAGAAGAAGCCAAAAGAGGUUUCCAAGGCACAAACUGAGGACAAGGAUGCAGAAAGAAACCAAAAUGAAGGUGAAAAUUGUGAUUUUGAAGUGACAGAGGAGGGAAAAGCCCAUGAACCCAAAGAAGAAGAGGACGUGGAGACCUCACUCCACCCCUCAGCAAACAUAAUCCUUGAAAUACUAGGCGGUGGUAAGCAAACAUUUGGCCGCAAGGCUCAGAAUGGUAAGAUUCGGAAGAAACCAAUCGCUCUGACCGAGAGAAAGUCAAAAGAAACCGCCAAUGAAGCUUCAGCUUUAUCAUCAGAUGGUCAACCAGAACCUUUGGUGGAUUCACAGGGUGAUGAUCCAAAAGGAACUGAAAAUUUAGCUUCAGAAAAGCCUGAAAAUGAUCAAGAAGACUCGGAAGUCUCCACCGACGACUCUCCACCAACCAGUGUGACUACACAGUUUACUCUACCAAUCAUACAUUUUUCAUCAUCAAAGCGGGUCCACGCACUUCCAGCCCUUGGUCUGUUUAGGAAGCCUGCAUUCCCAGGUUUUUAUCAGGUUUUGCAGAUUCAGGAUCAGGCGGUUCUGCAAUGUCUCUCCAAUGUAAAACAGAGUUCCGGGCAUGACUAUGUUGGAGGCUUUUUGACAAAGAAGGAAAAAACGACAGAGGUUAACAUACAGUCAUUGCCUAUGCUGAGGGAAGAUGCUGGUUCGGUAAAGUCCCACGAAGAUAUGCACUUGUAUGGAACUUUGUUGCAGAUUAUCACAAUCACGCCAAAUUUGAGUUUUCAGGGUGGUCAAGUAAUUCUAAUGCCACACAAGAGGAUUAAAAUGACUGGGAUAUAUUCCGAUCCAUCAGAUUCAUAUCCUCUAUAUAGAGUUGCUGUUGAAUAUAUUGAGGAUGCACCAAAACACUAUGAAGAUUCCAGCGUGACAAAAGCUUUACAUCUCGAAAUCAUAUCUACAGUAAAGGAACUGAUUAAAACAUCGCAUUUCUACAAGGAACAUUUCGACCAAAUCAUUCGUUUCUAUAAUUUGGACCAUCCCACUAGAUUGGCUGAUUUAAUCGCUGGAAUAUCAUUGGCCAAGAGGGACCAGCUGCAGAAUAUUCUUGCAGAAUUAAACAUUGAUAGGCGUCUUACAAUGGUGUUGGAAAUUGCCAAGAAUGAUUUGGAGUUUGCCAAGGUCCAAAAUGACGUGAAUGCACAGCUAGAGGAGAAACUCUCAAAGGACCAGCGAAAGUACAUUUUAACGGAGCAGAUGAAGAUGAUCAAGAAGGAACUAGGUCUUGAUAAUGAUGAUAAGAGCACAGUCAUUGAAUCUUUUGAGAAGGAGUUUUUACAGGUUUCAAGUCACAUGUCUGAUGAAGCAAAAACAUCCUUUAAUAGUGGAAUUUCCAGGCUUAAACAUCUUGAAUCCUCAAGCGCUGAGUUUGGUGUAUGGCGCUCAUAUUUGGAGUGGCUAGUUGGUCUUCCCUGGGGAAAAAGCACAGAGGAAUCGCGGGAUAUUCACAAGGCAAAGCAAGUUUUGGACUCCCACCACUUUGGUUUAAAGGACGUCAAGACUAGACUUUUGGAGUUUAUGGCCACAUCCAUACUAAAUGGGCAUACAAGUGGAAAAAUAAUCUGUCUGACUGGGCCACCAGGUGUUGGUAAAACAUCAAUUGCUAUUGCAAUGGCGGAGUCCCUCAAUAGGAAGUUAUAUAGAUUAUCACUUGGUGGUUUGUUUGAUGUAGCAGAGAUCAAGGGACACAGACGCACAUAUGUUGGUGCUCUUCCAGGAAAGUUCGUUCAGGCCUUAAAGUAUACCGGCACAAUGAAUCCAUUGAUUGUAUUGGAUGAAAUCGACAAGUUGGGAAGAGACACAAGAGGAGACCCUGCAUCAGCCCUUCUUGAGGCUCUAGAUCCAUCCCAAAAUGCAAAUUUCCGCGACCACUAUCUGGAUAUACCUGUUGAUUUAUCAAAGGUGCUCUUUAUCUGCACAGCGAAUACCACUGAUACCAUACCUAUUCCUCUUUUGGAUAGGAUGGAGUUAAUUACAAUUCCAGGUUACCUGCCUGAAGAGAAGCACGCAAUUUCUAAAAACUUUUUAAUCCCACAAGCUCAAAAGAAUACGGGGCUUACUUCUGAUGUAAUUAAUAUUGAAGACUCUGCUGUUGAUUGCAUUAUUAGGCAAUACUCUCGCGAGGCUGGUGUACGCAAUCUCUUAAAGUGCAUUGAGAAGAUCCACAGGAAAGUGGCUCUAGAUAUUGUUUGGAAAAAGUCUGAUAAGGAGAAUGUGGUAGAAACAACAACUUCUACAGAGACCACUGACGGUGAAUCAGCAGAUUCUGAUGCAGUGCCCACCGCUUUCCCAACUGGAAAGGAAAUACUGAGUUCAAUUUCAGAAAAGAUUGUAGUUACAGAUGACAAGGUUCAGUCAUAUCUCGGAGUCCCGAUAUUUACCAAGGAGACAAUGCAUCCCUAUCCUCUGCCAUACGGUGUUGUACUGGGUUUGGCAUGGACGAAUGCGGGUGGAGCCACCCUCUAUGUCGAGGCCCACGGUCAAAUACUCAACAAGCUUGGAAAGAUCAUUGAACCGGAUAGAUCAGCGGUACUUGCAACUACAGAUGAUAAACCAGACGACGCAAGCAACUUUGGAAAUCCACAUGGUACACUAAAGGUUACGGGUCACUUGGGCACGGUAAUGACAGAGAGUUCGCAAAUCGCUCUAACAUACUGCAAGACAUUUAUAAGGAGGUUCCAGCCAAACAAUAUCUUCUUGGAUGAGGCGCAUAUCCACGUUCACGUACCGGAGGGUGCUACACCAAAGGACGGCCCAAGCGCAGGCAUAACAAUGGCCUCGGCCCUCAUUUCCUUGGCUGCUAAAAAGCGGCUGAAGCCUUCCAUUGCCAUGACUGGCGAACUUACAAUUUCCGGCAAGGUUCUCAGAGUAGGAGGAAUCAAGGAAAAGCUCAUUGCCGCCAUUAGGGAGGACGUACGAACCGUUGUGCUUCCCAAGGGGAACAUGGCGGAUGUUGAUGAACUAGACUCUAGCAUCAAGGACAAACUUUCCUUUGUCUUUGUGGAUUCAUUUGACGAGGUAUACGACGCUGUAUUUGAAGAAUGA